AUGGCAGAUCAACCACCACCACCACCUAGUGGGCCAGAUGCUCCAGAUAAGGAGAAGAUGGAACAGAUCCGACGACGCCGCAUGGAGAAGUUAGCUGGUUCCGCAUCUUCAAGCUCUGAAAAGAUUGCCAACGUUGGCGCAGAAGCUUCAUCGCCUAGUUCUGCCCCCAAGCCAGAUGUGAUAAAGAAGAAUGGAUCAUCGGCCGAGCCAGUAGCUAAACCCAAGAUCAAUAUCAAACCCGCGAAUACUACCUCUCUGCCAGCCGCAAAUCCUUUCGCAAAGAUGGCCGCACAGGCAAGUCCUACUGGAAGCAAUUCGUCUACUCCUUCUCGCCCAUCCACCCGCAAGCCCAAUCUCGCCGAGGAGCCUUUAGAAGCAUACGAAGAUCGAAUCCUUUCACAUAUCUUCCGAAUUACUCUAGAUCCCCAUCAGCGCACCGAUGCCUCGAAUCAUAGACUCAUAUUUCUGCCAGAAUUGAGGAAAGAGCUCGAGGAGGAAAAUGCGGAGAUUAGAAUGUCAGCUGGAAAGCUCGAUGGCGCUCUAAUGGAAGCUUGUUCCUCGAUUCCACACAGCAAACCCGUAUUCGACUACCUAUUACCAUGUUGGAAACGAAUCAUUAAGGCUUCGAAGGGCCUGCGGGGCUAUGCGGGACAGAAAGAUACCAUUCUCAAAGAAGCUAAACGCUUGUGUAUGAGCAACUGCAUCUUUGCAGCCGAAAUGCCGGAUAUUUUUCAACGAGAGACCAACCCAACAACAGAUAUGCUCACGCCUUACUUUCUAUCGGACCCUAGUGAGGAUAAAGGUAUCUGCCCUGACUUCCUCGAGGAAGCUGUAGCUCGCUUUGCAGAUGAUGAUAUGGCCAAGUCUAUGAUUAUCAAAGCAUUUAUAGGCAUGAGUAGUCAGCUGUCUCACCUGACUAUGAAUGAUCGCUACAAACCCUAUAUUCAUGCUUUCAAAUUGCUAACGCAGUUCAACCCAAUCACGACGGCCAUUGCUGAAUCUCCACUAUUCCAGAUAGCUGUAUCACCAAAUACCAUUGAAAAGUUCACACUUCUUGGCCCCUUUUUUAGGAUAUCUCCUUUGCAAAUGGAAGUUACUAAGGUAUAUUUCGGUGCACCAAAGACGAUGGAUAAACGACACGUUUCUACAUCUCAGGACGCACUGCGUUUGACCUUGCAGACACACCAGAAAGAUUUACUUGACAUCAUCAAUCAUUUUGUUCGAGCAAGUCCAAUAGCCAAGAAUAAAACUUUGGAUUGGUUUGCCUACGUUGUAAAUCAAAACCACAAGCGCCGCGCGAUCCAGGUAGAUCCAAAAGAAGUAUCUUCUGAUGGUUUUAUGCAUAAUGUCACUGUCGUAUUAGAUGGCCUCUGCGAACCAUUUAUGGAUACCACAUUCUCGAAGAUCUCGAAGAUUGAUAUCGAUUAUUUACGGCGUGAGCCUCGCGUAGAUAUCAAGGGUGAGACAAAGCUGAACGCCGAUGAGAAGGCUUCUGAGAAAUACUACGAGGUUAACGUCGGUGGUUCCUCUAAUUUUAUCUCGGAGAUCUUCUUCUUAACGUUGGCUUCCCAUCACUACGGAAGUGAGGCUCUCAAUGCCAGCCAUAAGAGUUUAGAUAAAGAUAUCAAGUAUAUUCAGAAGCAAUACGCUGCAAUCGAGGCAGAACGUGCUAAAAUCACUCAAGAUCCUCGAGCUGCUGCUGUAAUUGAUCUCAGACUUCAGAGAAUCAAUACGGUCUUAGAAAAUUCAAUGUCGAAAAAAAUGGCUAUAGAGGGAGUUCUUUCUGAUAAGCCGAUGCAAGCAAAAUCUCUUAUAUUCAUGAGAUAUGUAACUGUCUGGCUUCUGAGAAUCGCCACGGAAACUGGUUAUACUCCUAGUCAAACCAUCAAGUUGCCUUUACCCUCGACCACCCCAGAGGCUUUUGAUUAUCUUCCGGAAUAUGUUCUCGAGGACAUCAUCACCAACUUCAACUUUAUCAUCCAGUUUAUCCCUGAUGUUAUGAUCUCAGCUGUUGGCGAUGAGAUCAUUGCACUCAGUAUUACUUUCUUGACGAAUUCCGAAUAUAUCAAGAACCCAUACCUAAAGGCAAAACUUGUCUCGUUACUCUUUGCUGGUACUUGGCCAGUGUUUCAUCGUACCAAAGGUGUUUUGGGCGAUGUAUUGAUGGGAUCCCAAUUUGCUAAUGAUCAUUUACUUCACGCAUUGCUCAAGUUCUAUAUUGAAUGUGAAUCUACUGGCGCGCACACACAAUUUUACGACAAGUUCAAUAUUCGGCAGCGCUUGAUGCAAGAGAGCAAAACAAACACAGACUUCUUUUUGCGAUUCGUCAACCUUCUGUUGAAUGAUGCUACUUAUGUUCUAGAUGAGGCUCUCACAAAGUUUCCUAAGAUCCAUGAUCUUCAGGUCGAACUUAGGAAAGAGGCAGAAGAACCAACCAUGAGUGUCGAAGAUCGAGAGAAGAAAGAAACUGCAUUACGCGAGGCAGAAGGUCAAGCCCAGUCAUACAUGCAACUGACAAACGAGACUCUCGCUAUGAUGAAACUAUUCUCUUCUACUCUGAGCGCCUCAUUCACCAUGCCGGAGAUCGUGGAUCGAGUUGCAGCAAUGUUGAACUAUACACUUGAUACUAUUACUGGAAACAAGUCAACCAACUUGAAGGUUGAAAAUCUGGAAAAGUAUCAAUUUAGACCACGAGCUUUUCUGAGCGACUUUGUGGAAAUCUACAUCAAUCUCGGUGUUUCGGAAGCAUUCGUAGAUGCUGUCGCUCGAGAUGGUCGUUCAUACAAGCCCGAAAAUUUCGACAGUGCUUCCCGAAUCCUGAUGCGUUAUGGACUUAAAUCGGCAGAAGAUCUGAACGCCUGGGAAAUACUCAAAGCUCAAUUCAAGGCAGCCAAGGAGCUCGAUGAUCAAUCCGAAGAAGAUAUGGGUGAAAUCCCCGAGGAAUUUCAAGAUCCGCUCAUGGCGUCUCUUAUGCAAGAUCCGGUCAGACUACCUAUUAGUAAUAUGAUUCUGGAUAGGAGUACGAUUAAGAGUUAUCUGUUGAGUGAUGAAAAGGAUCCAUUUAAUCGUAUGCCCUUGAAGAUUGAGGAUGUGGUACCGGUUCCUGAAUUGGCGGAGAAGAUUAGGGUUUGGAGAGAGGAGAUUAGGACUAGAAAGAAGGCUGAGAGAGCUGUUGCUGCUGCUGCUGUUAUUGCUGCUACUGCCGCGGCGGAUGUAAGUGCAGAGGAUAUUAUGGAUACGUCGGCGUAG